GGCCCGGCCCGGCCGGCUACCGGAGCUCGCGGUGCUCCGGCCCUGGCUCCCCGCCCUCAGCCUGAGCGCAGGGCUCCUCCGGGGGUUGGACUCUCCGCAGCCCGGCUUAGGUGGGAGAGAGCCCGGGCCGAGCGGCUUGAAAGCUGUUGGCCCAGGGCGGGGCUGACAGACUGGCGUUCCUCCCUGCGCAGGCAGACGGGUCCUCGGGGAGCCCUCAUGGUACCUUCCGCGGUGCGCAUACGGCGACACGACGCCCUCGGGCACCGCGGGAGGAGGCAGCGCCCGCCCGAGAGCCUGGUGUCGUCCCGGCAGCGGUCGCGGCAGGUGCUGCUCCAUGCAGCGGAGCAGCGCAGGAGCCCCCCGAGCAUUCCCACGGACCGGUGACCCUCCUGGGACCGUCUGACCCGCCUCACACCUGUGACCGCCAUGUUCAGUCGUUCCAGGAGCCCCUCCAGCUCCAGAUUUGUUUUCUCCCUGUGGCCAGUGGCUUAGAGAAAACUAAACUAUGAGAGCAGCUUUGCUCUGGAGCGAGGCUGAGAGACCUGGGCUUUUUCAGCCUGGAGAAGAGAAGGCUUCUUAAGGGGAGACCUCAGAGCAGCUCCCAGUGCCUAAAGGGGCUACUGGAGAGCGGCUUUGGACAAAGGCAUGUAGGGACAGCACAAAGGGAAUGGUUUUAACCUGCCAGAGGGGAGAUUGAAAUGAGAUCUUGGGCAGUUCUUCCGUGUGAGGGUGCUGAGGCGCUGGCACAGGGUGCCCAGAGAAGCUGUGGCUGCUCCAUCCCUGGCAGUGUUCAAGGCCAGGUUGGACACAGGGGCUUGGAUCAACCUGCUCUGGUGGAAGGUGUCCCUGCCUGUGGCAGGGGGCUGGAACUGGAUGCUCUUUGAAGGUCCCUUCCAACCCAAGCCAUUCUUUGACUCCAUGAGGAUUAUUUUGCUUUUGCAUCAAAUUUAUUUCUUCACAGGUACUAUUUUUCCUGCUUAUUCCUGAAUAUAUUGACUACCACAAAUCCUUAGGGAACUAAAGUGACUCCUCUUACAAUAAAAACUACACCACUUAGGCUUCCCCCUAUGUUUUCUUGACCUACCUUUCCAGCCACAAAUUGUGAGCUGGAGGAAAAGUGUCCUGACAAAGUAUUGCUUGCCUGUCCUGUUUGUACAUACUUGAACCAUGCUAAAACAUCCUGUGGGAAGGAGUUCUGCAGACUCUCCCUCCCCUCAUGGCUCGUAGAUCUCAAAGCUCCUCACAGGGGGACAAUCCCCUUGACCCUAACUAUCUGCCCCCCCAUUACAAGGAGUACUACCGCUUAGCUCUGGAUGUGCUUACUGAAGAGGGCAAAGAAAGUUACCAACGCUUCCUGACAGAGGAAGCAGCCCCUGAUUUUCUUUGCAACUCAGAGGUGGACCACAUCAUACAGAAUCUCCAGAAACCCCAGUACGCCAAUCAGGAAGGCAGCACAGACACCACAGGUGACAAUGACAUGGAUGGAUCCUCUGGGACUUACUGGCCCAUGAACUCCGACCUUGCUGUUCCUGAGCUUGACCUGGGCUGGCCAAUGGUCUUUGGGUUCAGGGGAACAGAGGUGACAACCCUCGUACAACCGCCACCCCCCGACAAUCCCAGCAUUAAGGAGGAGGCUCGCAGAAUGAUUCGAGCAGCUCAGCAGGUGGUAGCCAUAGUGAUGGACAUUUUCACUGAUGUGGAUCUGCUGUUUGAAGUGCUGGAUGCUGCUGCUCGCAGAGUGCCUGUGUACAUCUUGCUUGAUGAGAUGAACUCUCAACUUUUCCUCGAUACAGCUGCUAAAUGCAGAGUCAAUCUUAACUAUGUGGAGUUCCUAAGGGUGAGGACAGUUUCUGGCCCAACCUACUACUGCCGCACAGGGAUGUCCUUCAAAGGCCAUGUGAAAGAGAAAUUCCUCUUGGUGGACUGCAUGGUGGUGCUGAGUGGCAACUACAGUUUUAUGUGGUCUUUUGAGAAGAUUCACAGGAGCAUUGCACACAUCUUCCAGGGGGAGCUGGUGGCCAGCUUUGAUGAAGAAUUCCGAAUUCUCUUUGCACAGUCAGAACCUCUUGUUCCUCCAGCCAAUGUCUUGGCAAAGGCAGACAACACAUUUGCCAUGACUCCCUUUGGCAAUAACAUGCCUUUCUUUCCAAGAAAAGCACCCCUGAUGUUCCACAGGGAUGACAGUCUUUUUCCCUCCUUUAUGGACAGAGUUGAUCCAGACAGGUACUUCCUGUCAAAUUUCAGGCGGGAUGACAUGUUGCGCCAUACUGUGGAGGGGUCAGCUAUGCGAAUGUAUAAAAAGGUAGAAAUGGAGAAUUCCCAGAUGGAUCCUGUCAGGGGUUUUCUCCGUUCCAAGCAACUGGAGUUGGAUGCUUUUAAGAGACACAGUUUUGCAGAAGGAACAUUUGAAAACUUUGCUUCUUCUAAGCAGUACGCCAGGCAGAUGUUCAUGAACAAUAUGGAUGAAUUCAAAAUCCAGUCUAGUCAUUUUCAGAAGGAUCAGUUCUACCAGUACCAGUUUGAACAUCCCCAUCUUCCUGGCAGGCCUCAGGGACUCUUUGAGAGAAUCCGAGGUGGUAGGCCAGGAUACAAUGAACUGGAAGACUAUGGAGAGGGAUCCAGAUACCCUGAACUUGAAUCCAGUUUUCCACAGGAGGGUUUCCCCUUAAGGCUGGAUUAUGUACCUUCAAAUUCUUCCAGGGAAGUGAGACAUGGCUCUGAUCAGAUGAAUCCUGCAGGGAAUGGCCCAAUGGGAAUGAUGUUAAGGAGGCAGAAUAUAGGACAGAAAUUUAUUUGCCAGACUUCUCCUACACAGAAGCAAAGCCUGGAACAGCGCCUGUUCUUACAAGACAAAGAGGAGGACCAAGAUGAGGACAAGAACACACAGGAAAAUAGAACAGGUUUACGUAACUGGAGGAUUUCCUCAUACCUGAGUGCGUACCAGUCUGAACCAGAAGAAGGUCUUCCAAUGCCUAUGGAAUCAGAAGCAUAUAAUGAUGUUCUUGGGGAUACCCUCACAAAGCACCCCACUGACCUCAUCCCAGCAUUCAAAUCCCCUAUGUCUUUUAACAGCAAGUCACUGGGAAUUGAAAGUGCCAAAGAAUUUGCAGAUCCUGAUAGAGUAGGUGAAGAAACCCCUAUAAUGAAACAAGAUGCAUUUAGGUCCAGAAUAAAUCCUUUGAUCCAGAGGAGCUCAAGACUCAGGUCCUCUCUGAUUUUCAGCGCUGCCAAGUUAGAUCAGCCUAACACCGCAAUAGAAAAGGUUCAGAUGAUCCAGAAAGAGCAAAUGUCCAGUGAGCUGACGAAAGACAAUGAAACUAUAAAGACAGCCACCUCAUCUAAAGUGGCAGAACUUUUAGAGAAGUACAAAGCUGUGGGCAAAGACACAGAGCGAGCUACAGUCACUCAUACCAAAGCUGUUUCCAGUUAUCUACAGGAGGAAUCGCAGAACACAGAGAAGAAAUGCACCAAAUCCGUGCAAUAUAAGAUUCUGGAGAGUAGGGUACUAGAAUCCAAAGACUCCUGCAGUACUUAUAAAAUGCAUGGAGAAGCUGAAAGACCAUUUGCAAUGGCCUCGUCACCCCCCCAGCUUAUUGACACAUUGAGUAAAGAUCCCUUAGCACAUAUUGGCACUAAGGUGGACAAAUUAUCGUCUCGGUUUUACCCCAUAGAGAAUAAACCUGCUCUUCCAGAGAAGGAGAGUCUUAUAUUUGUAGGAGACACUCAAAAGUUGACUCUUCCAGAGAAGAAGGAAAGAGUGACAUUCAAAGAUGACACUCAAAAAUUAGUCAAUACAGAACUGAAGAAACCACAGAUUAGGACAAGUACCACAUCAGUUCUUGAAAACUUAUCUAGAAGUCACGGAUCUGACAGCUCUCUCAAUAAAUCCGAGGAAGACUGUUCAAAACAAGAACAAAAUCCAAUGGAAUUUUUAAGAAAAGGGUCAUUACGGCUGAAGCAGUUUUUGAACCCAAAAGGUGAAAAGAAAUUGGAGGAGGAGCCCACUUUGGAGAGUGGUAAGUCUGAUAAGCAGGCUGUGGUUCUCAAACGAUCUUCUAUAGGGGACUGUCAGGAAAUGACGGAGGAAGAAAAACCCCAUAAAUUUGCAACACCACUUCCUCCCAAAAGCAGCCAGCCCACACAGGGGAGAUUUCCUUCAUCCACAGCUAACAUCCUGUACAGCAGUAACCUCCGUGAUGAUACCAAGGUGAUUUUGGAACAAAUCUCUGCAAACAGUCAGAAGAACAGAGCUGAACUGGCCAAGCAACUACCAUCCACUAGUAAUCCUGAUCUUUCAAAGUCAACUACAAGCUUGGAAAGAAAAGGUGAGAAGGAGAAAAGCUGUAACAUCCACAGGUCAGAGAGUUUUGGGAGCCAGAAACGAAAUCUUCAGCGGCAGCCAUCAGAGGAUAGAGAUACCCUCCUGAAGAAAAUGGAGAAUAUGCGGAAGGAGAAGCGAGUCUACAGUAGAUUUGAGGUCUUCUGCAAAAAGGAUGAACACACAAGUCAGAGUGAAGAGGAAUAUGACACAGAUGCCAAAGACAAGAAGAUGGGAAAAUUCAUGCCCAAAAUCCUGGGGACCUUCAAGACUAAAAAAUGAUCAUAGAAAUACUAUUUAAUUCCAUAUAAUCACUGACUGUCAAAGGGGAAUGAAGAAGUAACUUGUUUAUGAUGGCUCUAAGCACCAUAGGCAAUACUCUUCAUGGUUAGUGAGUGGAAAUGUGUUCAGCAUUAGACUCCUGUGGCACAAUUUGCCCAAUAAAGUCAUGUGGUACCCAGCAACCUUAUCACAUUAUGUUUCAAAUAAAGUUAUUAAAUUGCCAAGAUGCUUAAACCAAAGAAAUAAAGUCAGAGUCUCUUUAUAUUAUCCUCAGGGAAUAUUUUCAGCAGACAAAACGAUUGGACUUUCAGAAGGAAAAAAUAAAAAAUAGAAAAUUCAAGACUUGAGUUCAGUCCAGGGAAGACACACACACACAGACACACGUGCAUGAACUGGAAAACGUGUUUAAAAACAACUGUUUCUCAGGUACAGUUCUGUCUUCUUUGUAUCUAAUAAUGAAUCAAAUAUGAGGCACCUUUUUGAAGGUUUAUAGGAGAAAAAAAAUAUUGUAAACAACUUUUCCCUUAUCUGUGGUCAUGGUCCUAUCCAGCAGAACAAGCUCAGCUUUCGUUUUUAUAAUUUCCUAAGCCUAUUGGUUCUGGUUCUGGUUCUGUUGCUUUAUUCCCUUAUGUAUAAUGGCAGUAUUGCCCUAGGGGUGAGCUGAAAGCUGCAGCUGAAAGGCCAUAAGACAUGGACAUGCUAUUAAUGGAGAAAGACCUGGGUUUAGGACUCCUUUCAGAUGAGUCCAGAGUUUACUGAAGCAUCUAAAAUGCUGUCUUGGCCUAUUAGUAACUUCCUUGACGAUGUAACUCCAAUUCGUUAAGUGACAGCAGGGAGGAGGGAUGCUCAUUUGUUAGCACAUCUG